CAUACAUGCCAAUGAGUCAUGAUGUGGUUAUUGUUGACAUGCAGCGAUGUCAAGCAAGUCUUAAGACCGUCUUGCUUCGAGCGCCAGGAAGGAACGUUGCCACACGCGCGCGUGUGAGGGAGAGAUGUUAUCGCUGAGAGGCUCUUCACGUUCUUCUGCCAUCUUUAAACCCCUAUUAGCUUUCCAACGGAAACCCCUGCUUAUUUCUACACGAAAGCUCUCGCGGAGUAGCCCUAGAAGAAACCUCUGUUUCAGCUUGAAGCCGAGUGACCGAAAUGGACUCGCUUCUGCCUCUUCAACUUCUGAAACUUAUGUCCUCGAUGAUACUCCUAUGUCUGGAAUGGAGGAUGUUCUAGUGAGCUAUAUAUAUGGCAAGAAGAGGGCAACAGAAGUUGCUCACUUGGUAUGGAAACAUGUUGUCAAGAAAGGGGAUACAGUCAUUGAUGCCACUUGUGGCAAUGGCUAUGAUACCUUAGCAUUGCUCAAAAUGGUUUCUGAUGAAUUAGGUAGGGGAUGUGUUUAUGCCAUGGAUAUUCAGAAGGAUGCUAUAGUAAACACUAAUUCUUUGUUGGAAGAGUCCGUCAAUGCAAAUGAGAGAGACCUUGUCAAGCUCCUGCCCAUAUGCCACAGUGAACUGGACAAAGUUGUUCCAGAGAAGGCCUCUGUGAGGCUUGUUGCUUUCAACUUAGGUUUCCUUCCUGGUGGUGACAAGGCAAUAAUCACAAAGCCAGAGACGACUUUACUUGCACUGGAAGCUGCAAAAGAAACUGUAAUGCCUGGAGGGCUUAUAAGCUUAGUGGUUUAUGUGGGGCAUCCUGGCGGAUGUGCCUUAGUUCUGCUUGCAAUGAAAACAGUUGAGGCAGUUUAAGUUCAAGUUCAUAGUGGUUGUUUGGCAGGAAUGGGAGACAAUUCAAGCAUUUGCUUCUGGAUUGCCGGUGGAUGAGUGGGUUUGCCGCAAGUUCCAGAUAUUGAACAAACCUUGGGCUCCCAUGCCCGUUUUCUUAUUCAAAAGAUGAUUCCCAGUUGCUAG